AGCAAUUUUGUUCUUGGGAAUGCACAAGUGGAGAGGGACUACCCUAUAGUGUACUGUUCUGAUGGCUUCUGUGAGCUUACGGGGUUCGCCAGGGCAGAGGUCAUGCAAAAGAGUUGUGCUUGCAAAUUUAUCUACGGGCCUGAUACAACGAUAGAGAAAAUAACGUUAAUACAGAACUCUUUACUGAACAGAGAGGAACUCAAAACCGAAGCACUCUUCAGGAAGAAAAACUUAACCCCAUUCUGGUGCCUUCUAGACAUAGUGCCGAUCAAAAAUGAGAAAGGAGAUGUGGUACUCUAUCUUGCGUCCCACAAGGACAUCACCAAAACCAAGAUGGCCUCCAUGGACGAAGAUAAAGACUUCGACGAAGAAGAAGAAGAUUCUGAGAAUAACUACCUCAACGAACUUCCGUCAAACUACAACUACAACCGGAGGAGAAGCCGUGCGGUGCUCUAUCACCUCUCAGGGCAUCUCAAAGAACAAGAGAAAAAGAAAAAGAGAAGAAAACUCAAACUUAACAGUGGCCUGUUAUCCCCUAAAUCCACAGUACUACCGGAAUAUAAAGUGGCCGCCAUGAAGAAAUCGCGGGGCAUUGUACUCCACUAUAGCUUAAUUAAGUCCAUAUGGGACUGGUGUGUGUUACUUGCUACGCUCUACAUUGCCAUUGUCGUGCCAUUCAACGCAGCAGUACAUCAAGAGAAUGAACUGGUUAUUACCAUUCUCGAUAUCAUCAUCGAGAUCAUUUUCAUCAUAGAUGUCGUGAUCAACUUCCGAACGACUUACGUGAGUAAAUCAGGGAAAGUGGUUUACGAGGCGAGAGCGAUAGGACUGAACUAUAUACGGAGUUGGUUCUUCAUAGACUUGUUAGCAGCCGUUCCCUUUGAUAUACUCACACAAAUAUUCAAAUUAAAGUUGGAUACCAUUCAACUCAUCAAGUUAGCUAGGUUACUCCGUCUUCUUCGAUUGCUCAACAAGAUUGAGCGAUACUCUCAGUACAGUGCUAUCGUUCUCACCUUCUUCAUGCUGGCCUUUGCCCUGCUCGCUCAUUGGCUGGCCUGUAUCUGGUUCGUGAUUGGUCGAAUGGAGCUUAGUAAAAACGACGAUGGGUGGGACUUAGGUUGGAUCGUGGAUCUGGGAGAACAACUGAAGAGGCCUAUAUUAGACUCGAACAGUACUGGUCCGGGGAACAAUAGUAUAUACAUCACAGCUCUAUACUACACACUAAGUAGUCUUACAAGUGUAGGCUUUGGCAACGUGUCUGCCAACACCAACACGGAGAAGAUCUUCACCAUCUUAGUCAUGUUCCUUGGAGCACUGUGUCACGCCGCGGUUUUCGGUAACGUGACAGCCAUCAUCCAACGCAUGUAUUCCCGACGCGCUCUCUACUACACGAAGCUACGCGACCUGAAAGACUUCGUGCGCUCCCACCACAUUCCACCAGCCUUAAAGACCCGGAUGCAAGAGUAUUUCAUGACCUCGUGGUCAAUAAACAUGGGUAUCGAUACGACAGAGAUGCUGCAGACAUUCCCUGAGGAGCUACGAGCCGACAUUGCUAUGCACCUUCACAAAGAAUUCCUAGCUCUUUCUAUAUUCGCUGAUGCCAGCCAAGGAUGCCUAAGAUCACUCUCAUUGAAGAUCAAGACAAGUUUCUGUGCACCUGGGGAAUACAUCGUCCAUCAGGGGGACGCCCUCGGCGUUAUAUACUUCUUGCUAAACGGGUCAAUGGAGAUUCUACGACAUGGAAUGGUCGUCGCUAUUUUAGGUAAGGGUGACCUCUUCGGAUGUGACCUCUACAUUACUGAAACUGUCAUCUCAUCAAGUGGCGACAUCCAUGCUUUGACUUACUGUGACCUUCAGUCCGUCACGCGGCUAGAACUCUUGGAAGUAUUGGCCAGUUACCCAGAAUACCAAACGAAAUUCCAGCAAGAAAUAUCACGUGAUUUGACCUUUAACCUUCGGGAAGGUUACGAUUCAGAGCAAUAUUGGAGCUCCACACAAAAUCCUCCAGAUCCUGAUUAUCCUGCGGAAAAAGCUCAGAAAAUGAAGAAGUUCCUUCGAAGAUGGAGAAAGCGAGCCAGAGCAGAAGAAAAGUAUUCGUACUGCGAAACGAACAACAGCGAAAGAAAUACAAGGCUGACGUCAAUCUCAGAAGUGCGUGACGAAGACGAGGUUGGGACGUCGAAACAGACGAGAGAUUCGUCGACGGACACGGGCGAAGAUGGCAUGGAGAACAGGCAUAUGUUGCUUGAUGUCAGCAACUCUAUAGCCACAUCUGUGCCACCAGAUCUCAGUCCAAGGGUUGUGGACGGUGUAGAAGAUGAAGGCAGUCCAUUCAAACGUCACAGCUUUGAAUUCCCUGCAGCACGCAGCAAUGCCCAUUCUGCAGCAUCAAGGCAUCGCAGUCUAACCUUAGCACCUCGUCAGCCACUGGUCGGAGAAUGCCGCAUGCGAACUAGCUACACAGCCCCGCAGUUGUCUCAAGAUCAAACAACAAGAUCGAACUCAUCAGAUUCUCUCUACCAAGAAGAUCUUAGACAUGAGCUUGAGUACACCAGGAACAGUGUGGAACGUCUUGACAAACAGGUAUCGAACCUGAGCAGAGAUGUUUCCAACCUGAGCCAAGACUUGAGGGCGGUUGUCAAGCUGCUUCAGGUCAUAGGUCCAAUAGCAUCAACCUCUGCAAACCAAGCUGCAAAUGCAGUGGCGGCCUCAUCGGGUCUCAACGGUCCAGCCACACCAGGUCUUCCCGCGCCUCCGGCACCAUGUAUCAUGACAGUCAAAAUCGGACAGAGUGGCGAGGAGGAUAUCAUCCACGUACAAAGACAAGAUGGCGUCUUAGAGACCAGUCUCGGUGGAGGAAUCCCCGAGUUGCCUCCAGGCACCAUGGGGCCAACGGUCGCAGCCCUGGCAUCCGCAGUGAUGGCCUCUGCCAGUAGUAACAGUGCUUGCUCCACAUUAGAACGACCAAGGAAAAGAACCAACAGCAGUGAUACAGCGAAAGACGACGAAGGUGCUUCAGGGAGCAGAGUAAAAGAAACAAACCUAGUAUUGUUCCAAGGGCCUGAUGAGAACAUGACUGAAUCAGAGAGUCUGGAAAGAUUAGACUAUGACUCGGAGAAUGGAACAGAUUUAUGAAACUGUUCCUUGUCGACAAAGUAUCUAGAAGGAGAAAGAAAAUAUACUUUCAUCAAACCAUUCCUUGCUCACUCACUCAUGACUCUCCAAUUUUAUUUUCCAACAAUUUCUCUUGUGUACCUCGACUGUACUCUACGCAAAAGGGCAACUUUUGAUGUGUCUUGCUCCAAGAGCAACCGCGUUUCAAACAAUAGUGUAAACAUUAAAUAUUAUAAGACUUGUUAAUUUUUUUUCAAGAAGUUUUGCACAUUUUUACAUUGUUUUAUAUGCAGAGUAGAUAGAUUUUUGUAAUUUAAUCGUAUCAAGGUAUUUUCCGAUGUUACCAGUUAUGCAUCAUUGUACUAACUACACUAAUACAUACGAGGCUGAAGCUUUAAUAAUAAGGAUGAUAGUUAUAACAUCCACACGUGUAUGCUUAUCGCACAACAUCGUAUAUUUUGCACUGAAAUCUGUUUUGUACUUUUUAAAUACUUUGAUGGAUUUCUUUGACGUGAUGUAAUAGACCUGUUUGCUGAUUUUAAGCAUACUCAUUGAACAAAACUUGUAUGCAUCUUCUUAAAUAGCAACAGCUAGUGUAUGCAAAUUAGAUUUCAUCUACGGAGAUGCCAUCUUUCAUAACAGAUUCAUUAAAUAGUUGGUAAUCAGGGGUUCUGAAAAGAAAGAUGCAUAAUCAGAAAUACAUUAGUAAAUAAGACUAUUCUAUCAAAGCCGUACCUCGGCUUACAACAAAGUUAAUCAGCUCAUCAUGAUAGAGAUAUCAAUACAAUAUAAACGAAAAGAAUUUUA